AUGAUGCUUCCACGCUCUGUGCAAAUGCAAGCGUUCCGUAUAGCGCGUAUGAGCCCCGCUCACCAGUCUGUGCGGUUCCUCUCACAGUCUCCUAUUGCUCGCAAGGUUGAGGAAGACAUUUCUGGCGAACGCCUUGGCGAAAUUUUACAGGAAAAGCAGCAGCAAGGUGCAGAGGGCGUGCCGCUGUUGGUCGACUUCUUUGCAGAGUGGUGUGGACCCUGUAAGCAACUGAGUCCGAUCCUUCUUCGCCUUGCUUCUUCGCCUGAGCUGGUUGGCGGCCGUAACAUCGACUUGGUCACUGUGGAUGUGGACAAAAAUAUGGAAGUGGCACAAAUGUUCCAGGUCCGUGCAAUGCCUACCGUUGUAGCCAUUAAAGAUGGGAAACAUGCCUCCACGUUUGUAGGGCUUCUUCCUGAACCGAAGCUGAAGGAGUUUAUUGAGAACCUAUAA